AUGUCAAUUAUAAAAAUUACACCGAUCUUUCAUAAUUCAUGGGCCACUCCUCCUCCAGCUCCCGGUAAACAGAGCAUAAAUCUUCUCCUCCGUUCCUCGCUUCCGAUCAAAGCGUGCGGCAACUCUGACUUCAUCGUCCCUCACUCUCUCAUAUUGGAGGAAUCAGAUACGAAUCGCGCGAGACGGCGCGAGCCUUUGAAAUUUGUACUCCGAAUGAAUCCUUCGAGGACCGGACGGGGUGUGCUCGCGGGAAGGAGAAUACGGGAUGUAAACAGUUUACAUGAUUUUGCCAGAAAAUCCUUGUGCCAUAAAGCCACCUGAUCAUUAUAACGAUUUCCAAGCUGGAUUCUAUUUAAAAAUGUAAUAAUUGAGAGUGACAGUGAGAAAAUUAUCGCGAUACGAUACGAUACGGGUAAGU